GGAGGGUUGAGAAGGGUUUGGGAAGGGCAGGCAUUAAGAGAGGGCUUCCUGAAGUGAACCAUGAGCUGACUCAGGUGGAGUGGGCAUAGCACAGCAUAAGCACGGAGUCAGUAUCCUAGGCCACAGAAUAAGGAGCAUGUGGAGGUUCUGGAGGUGGAGACUGGCAUGGGAGCCCAGAGAGAACAGCUCCAACCAAGAUGGGAAGGAAGCAGGGGCUCGCCAGCCUUUGGUGAUUCUCCUGGGCUGGGGUGGCUGUGCAGACAAGAACCUUGCCAAGUACAGUGCCAUCUACCACAAAAGGGGCUGCAUCGUGAUCCGAUACACAGCCCCAUGGCACAUGGUCUUCUUCUCCGAGUCCCUGGGCAUCCCUUCACUUCGUGUUUUGGCCCAGAAGCUGCUUGAGCUACUCUUUGAUUAUGAGGUUGAGAAGGAGCCCCUGCUCUUCCAUGUCUUCAGCAACGCCGGCGCCAUGAUGUACCGAUACGUACUGGAGCUCUUGCAGACCCAUCGGCGCUUCUGCCGGCUGCGUGUGGUGGGCACCAUCUUUGACAGCGGUCCUGGUGAUAGCAACCUGGUGGGGGCUCUGCGGGCCCUGGCAGCUGUCCUGGAGCACCGACCCGCCGUGCUGCGCCUGCUGCUCCUGGUGGCCUUUGCCCUGGUGGCGGUCCUGUUCCACAUCCUGUUGGCUCCACUCACUGCCCUUUUCCACACCCACUUCUAUGACAGGCUCCUUAAUGCAGCCUCUCGCUGGCCCGAGCUGUACCUCUAUUCGAGGGCUGACCAAGUGGUCCUGGCCAGAGAUGUGGAACGCAUGGUGGAGGCACGCCUGGCACACCAGGUCCUGGUGCGCUCUGUGGACUUUGUCUCAUCUGCACACGUCAGCCAUCUCCGUGACUACCCUGUUUACUACACGAGUCUCUGUGUCAACUUCAUGCGCAGCUGUGUCCGCUGCUGAGGUCCUUACCCACUCGCCUCACCUCCGCUCCAGAAAUAAACGCCCUGACGUCUCCCCCCAACUUAUAUCCAUGGGUGGGGUCCUUACCUGGUUCACCUCCCUAAAGCCCUUUGGGACUUUGUGUCCCCCUAGUAGAGAAUUUCCAGGGGCCUCUGCCCUGUGGCCUGUGGUAGUCUGAUGAACCCAGGAUCCCAGGGGCUGCAGCACCUGUGUGUUUCUGUCAUGCUGUUGAUUCCUGUGGCAUUUAGGCUGAAAAGGGUCACACCAGGAGGGCGUGGGGAGUUGAUGAUGAGCCCCAGGUUGAGCUUAGAUUUCUUGAAUGCAAGGUGAGCUUUGUGGGGAGGUGUCAGAGGGUAGGGCCGGGUUGGGUCAGCCCCACAGCGUGAAGCAUCACCCCAUGGAUCCCACUGGAAGUUCACUCAGAGGGGCUCCUGUGACUUCACUGCCAGGGGAUUGAGGGAGAAGUCAGAUGGGGAGAGCUGAGAAUGCAGGGAUGAGGGCCCUGCCCACCACAAUUUGCCAGGAAGCCACUGGAUCCAGGAACGUUGCAAGGUGUGUGUGAAAGGGGCAGAUGGAGCAGGGAGCAUGAAGCCAGCAGCGCCACAUGGGAACUGGGUCUGUGAGGCACCGUAAAGAACAGAACCAGAGCAAAGGGCCAUUUGGCUAAAACAACAAACUCAUUUAUCUCUUUGAGGGAGAGCCACGUGGAUCCUCUUUAAACAGAAGUGGCUUCAGCCUCACAGUUCUAUACCAUUCUACAAGACACAGCUGCAUAAUGAUGGCACCUAGUAGGUACUCAAUAAAAUCUUGAUUGAAUAAACAAGCUUACUGUGGUGAUCAAAGGGCUUUGGGGACACGGAUGGACUUUGAAAGUUUGACAGGCAGUGAAGGAGAUGGCUGGGUAGCUGGUAUUUGGGCCAGCCCUGAUAUUCUCAGAGCUAAUGGCUCCUCUGUCUCUAGAACCCAGCUCUCUGCAUCAUGUCACUCUGCAUCUUGUCAGCCUUCUGGGACUCCCAGCUUCUGCUGCAGCCUAUUUGAAAGCUAUGUGGUUGCAUUCCUAACUGUGGCCAACAGGUGGCAGUGCAGCCUGUGCCAUGAGACAGAUCUAGCAUCCCACUGCAGGCUUGGUGCCCUCGCUCUGGGUUAAUGUCCCUAUUAAGAGAGCAUAUGGCCUCCAGGGUGGGGGUAACCAGGCUGACAGUCUUAGGCAGGGAGGGAGGAGAGUUGAGACUUCAGGGGGGCCAGUCCCGUAGGACUGGGCAUUGCCUAUGUCUCUUCCAAAGCCUUAGCUAUCAUAUAGAUGUGCCACCACACAUGCCACCUAUGUUCCCUAGGAUUUUCUGUCCCAGGGUACUUGUGUUCAGGAUAUUUGGUGCUUUCAAGCUGGGCAUGGGGGUCGUGAAAGAAUCUGGCUGGGCUCCAACCAGUGGUUGGUGAUUUGUCAUCUGGGUGUUGGCAGUCAUUGGCAGCGGAUCUGAUUCUGUGGUGGGCCCUGUGGAUGUCGAGAUAGGUGUAUUAAGCAGAUUGGGGAGGAUGGAGGAUGAGUCCAGCACGUGAGAACAUGCAGAGCCUGACGUCAUCAAGAUAUUCUGAGCCUUGAAUUGUAGCUGAAUCUUGUUUCUGUGGUGGGUGAGGACUGACUUAUCCGCAGCUUUGAGCACUACCAGAUUGCCUGGGCACGCUGCUUACUUGUUGGCAGUAGGCACCCACAGGGAUGCUCAUCUCACAAGGUACCGGGCCUCGGUUCCUUGACUUGAAGACCCUUCUUAAGAUAUAGGGGUUUCUACUGUUUGAGGACCCAGCCAAUAGCUAUAUUGGGCUGUUGGUUGCUAGGACAGAGAACAGAAAAGAGCCACGGGUUAUGUGUGUGUGUGCAUGUGUGUGAGAUGGCGGUUCCAUUUUUAGUUUCUGGCUCAUUUCUGGGGACUAGAAAGGCAUAGAGGCUCAAGGCUUGUUUUUUCACCCAAGGUUAUGCUGCCCCUGCACUAGAUUGGGGGACAGAACUUCACAUCCCCUCCGUACCCCCAAGCUCUGACCUCUUAUGUGAUUAAUGAGCUGACGAUUCUGCAUCAAUAAGGAAUUAACCUGGAGCCCCUACCCAUCAAUAGUCAGGAAUCCAGGUCCCUAGCCCACCCCCACUCCUCAGGGAGUGCUCCAGGGUCCCUGAACAGACCAACCCUGCACUGCUGUCUGCACCCACAGUCCAGUCCUUUCCCACUCACUACUGCCAGGAAUUCAUCCCUUAAUUGCCUCUAUUCACACCACCACAUCAUUCCUACAUACACUUACACAUGUGUGCAUGUGCACACGCGCGCGCACACACAGAGGCAGCAGCUGUUUAUAUUGGUUUUAAUCCAUGUCAAAUGUAGUUUACAAAGGGAAAGGACAAGUACCUUUGUAUAGAAUAUACAGACACAGCAUCACACCAUGGGGCCCACAGGAGGGGCGGGGGAGACACACUUUUCCCUGGGAACAGCAGUUCCAGUCCCAGGAAUGGUUUUCAGCAGAAGGCUGGGCAACCAGGAGCACCCUCAUCCAACCCCACUCUCAGCCCCUGCUUCAGCUCGGUUCCCAUUUCCUGUGCCUCUCCCCCUUCCUGACUCCUUAUAAAGAGCCCCAGGAGCUACGACUAAGGAGAGGACCAUGUUCCUGGGAGCAUGUGCCCCAUGUCUGGGAGAAGAAAUAUACACCACUGAACACCGAGCACAUGGGAGAGGGAAGGGACACGGUG